GAUCGAGCCAGCUUCGCUUCAUCUUCGCCCGUCCUCCCGUCGCCGUCGCCUGAAGUACUACGGCAGCUCAACGCCGGGCGUCGGCCAACAUGAUAGCCAAAGAGGAGAAAGAGCUGGUGCCGCAGCUGCGGUUCCCGGCGGGAUACCACUUCCGGCCAACCGACGAGGAGCUCCUCGACGUCUACCUCCGCGCCAAGAUCGACGGACGGGAGCCGCCGCUGGACGUGUUCAUGGACGUGGACAUCCUCGACUGGGACCCCGCCGAGCUCGUCGAGAAGCGCAAGGCCUACGGGGAGGGCAGAUACUUCUUCACGAAAAGAACUGAGUGUCCGGCGAACAAGAACGGCGAGCCGCGCCGGAAGCUGUACAAGGUGAAGGCGAGCUGGAAGGCCACGGGGUGCCCAGGGAUCAUCUACCGCAGUGCGACGGGCGAGAAAAUCGGGACAAAAAGGAUCCUCACCUACUAUUCCGGCGGCGUCGAGUGUGAUAAGUGGAGCAUGAACGAGUACGUCAUGACAGGCAGGGCAGGGCUGGAUCAGUGGAUCUUGUGCACAAUACAGGAGAAGUUACACUGGGAGGCCAAAAGCAGCAAACACGCAGCAGGCAAGAUGGCAGAAGACACUAGUAGCAAAGGCAAGACAGUGGCAACAGGCGCUAGAAAGGUGCCCAAGACCAAAAGACAGAAGAAGGAGAAGAUGGACCCCUCCCAGCCACAUAAAACUCAGGAACAACUGCAGCAACCACAGCAAAAACAAGAGACCACACCUGACGUAUUCUCCGAACCGCCAACAAUGUUUACAAGUGAUCACCAUGCUUUGCAUGAAGAAGAGAUCAUGGAGCAGGACUUCACAACCAAGAUGAUCCAAGUCGUUGUCCAGCAAGAACACCCAUAUGGAGAUCAGCAUUACCUUGACGCCCCAGCGCCACAAGAGACAACAUACGAAGGACCCGGCGAGCCACCGUUGAAGCCGCACCACCAGCAUGGUUACCAUGCUUGGCUGGAAGAGCAACAACAUCAGGAGCUUGAGGAUCCGUUCUCCGUUCAACAUCAGUUUGACCCAUUCAACACCAUGAUAUUUCAGGGCCACACAGGUCAAGAACCAACACCUGGGUGGUGGCAGCAGCACCAGCCAAGCUACAUAGAUAAUUAUCAUCAGUUUUUCCUGCCAGCCAAUGGCAUGGAGCAUGCCAGCGGGUGUCAGCUUCCGCACCAACAGACUCUUUAUCCGCUUGGAACACCAGGAUCCCAUGGGGACUUCAAACCAACUUCACAACAUGAACUGCAAUUCCCAUUGGACCCCGCAAAACCCAACGAGCAGCAAACAAGUCCCGAUUCUGUGCUCGGCGUGUGUCAACAUUGUCAGCUGACUAGUGCGGAUAAGGUCGCGUGCUCCCUAUGUUGUUGUGGUGGAUUUAAUUCGGAGAUGAAGUAA